AUGAAGAUCACGUCGAUACAAGUGCUCAGCCGAGCGCCGGGAUCGAGCAACUCGAGUCCGCUAGCAGAAGCGCACGAUGUUGCAAGCUUCUCGUUCUAUCAGCGUGGCGCUGUGACCGAGUUUCUCAGCUUCUUGGCCAAGACGGUCUCGGAUCGCACGCAGCCAGGACAACGACAGUCGAUCCAGGAACAGAACUACAUCGCCCAUGUGUACGCGAGGGAUGUAGGCUCAGGUCCGACAAAGCAUACCCUCGUGGGCGUCGUCGUCUCGGAUGCAGAGUACCCCGUCCGGGUGGCCUUCUCGCUGCUCAACAAGAUCCUCGACGAGUUCCCCCAGGACAAGCGGACGGGCCCUGUAGCGUUCCCACAACUGGCGACCUACCUGCAGAAAUACCAAGACCCGAAACAAGCCGAUACGAUCAUGAAAGUACAGCAAGAGCUCGAUGAGACAAAGAUCGUACUCCACAAGACGAUCGAAUCAGUCUUGGAGCGAGGGGAGAAGCUAGAUUCUCUCGUCGACCGUUCAAACGCGCUAUCUGCUUCUUCCAAGAUGUUCUACAAGAGCGCAAAGAAGCAAAACUCGUGUUGUGUCAUCUGCUAG